CCCAAAGGGGAACCCAUCCAAGAAAGCGGGACAAGUUUGGGGCUUUCUGUUCUUUUCCUUUCAGUUUUGCUCCUCUCUUCUGCUUUCUACAAGCUCCAAGGAUUUUUGUUCUUGUGUUGUGUUUUGUCUCUUCACUCCUUAUCUCCUAGCUAGCUAGCGAGCUAGCUCAUCUGGUUAGUUGAAGGGUUGAUGAGUUCUUUGACGUAACGAGGAAGAAGUGGUGGUGUUGGGCGACAAGGUCUUGCCUUCACCAUUCCCUCCUCCCCACAAGGUCCAAAACGCAGCAGCCUAAACUUAGCAAAGGGCAGCAUAAAGUAAUCAAGCUGAAGAAAAAAUAUUGCGGCAUAGCUGCAUCCCAUGCCAAGAAGCUGGGAAAAGACGAGCCUUUGAAUCCAACUCCUGCAUAUUGCUGCGGUUUCUUGGUCUGUUCUUGAUCCUUGAGCUCCUCUCAUGGCGGCAAUUGCAAUGCAGUGCCUGCAUUAGAGACAGAGUACUGGGGAAGAACAGGAGCAGUUGCUCAUCAGGGAGAGAGGGGGAAAAGAAAACAAGAUGGCCGAAGGCGAGGGGGCCGCGGCAGCUGCCGCACUCGCCGGGGAGGGGCGGUCGCUGGCGCUGACACCGACGUGGUCGGUGGCCAUCGUGCUCACUCUCCUCGUCGCCGGCUCGCUGCUCAUCGAGCGCUCCAUCCAUCGUCUCAGCUAUUGGUUGAAGAAAACCCACCGAAAUCCACUUCACAAAGCAAUGGAGAAGAUGAAAGAAGAAAUGAUGUUGCUUGGUUUCAUAUCUCUGCUUCUGGCAGCUACGUCAAGAAUCAUCUCAGGUAUAUGCAUUGAUUCAAAGUACUACAACAGUAAUUUCUCCCCAUGCACCAGAGAAGAGGUUGAAGAAUCUAUAAAGGCUAAGCAUAGUGUACAAAAUGCACGCAAGCACCUAAUUGAAGUCAUUCUGCACCAUUCGCUCAGGAGGAACCUUAAAGCUCGUUACCAUCAUAAUCAAACUUGCCCUGAGGGAUACGAGUCAUUUGUUUCACAUGAGGGUCUGGAGCAGCUGCACCGCUUUAUAUUUGUCAUGGCAGUAACCCAUGUGACAUACAGUUGCUUGACGAUGCUGCUUGCUAUACUCAAGAUCCAUAGUUGGAGAAAAUGGGAAGAUGAAGCAUUUAGGGAUAACCAUGAAUCUUUUUCUCAGAUUGCCUAUAUAUCAGCUACUAGAAGGCAACCAGCACUUGGCAGAUCUUAUUCAUUCCGCUCUUGGAGUGAAAAUACUGCAAUCAAGUGUCUGUUUUGUUUUCUCGCACAGUUUGGCCAAUCUGUUGUUCGAGCAGAUUACCUUAUCCUUCGUAAGGGUUUCAUAAUGAACCACAAUCUUGCACCAACAUAUGAUUUCCAUGACUACAUGGUACGCUCAAUGGAAGAGGAGUUUGAGAAGAUUGUUGGAGUGAGUGGACUGCUGUGGGGUUUUGUUAUUGCUUUCAUGUUAUUUAACAUCAAUGGAUCGAACCUGUACUUUUGGAUAGCCAUUCUUCCUGUUACUCUUGUUCUUCUAGUUGGUGCGAAGCUGCAAUAUGUCAUAGCAACUUUAACAGCAGAGGGUGCAAAGAUGAAUGCAUAUGGACCAAGGAUAAAGCCAAGGGAUGAUCUCUUUUGGUUCAAGAAACCAGAAUUUCUCCUAUGGCUGAUCCAUUUCAUUCUCUUUCAGAACUCAUUUGAGUUGGCUUCUUUCUUCUGGUUCUGGUGGCAAUUUGGUUACGAUUCAUGCUUCAUCAAGAACCACCUAUUGGUAUAUUGCCGGCUUAUAUUGGGGUUUGCCGGGCAGUUCCUGUGCAGUUACAGCACAUUGCCUGUUUAUGCCCUUGUCACUCAGAUGGGGUCAAAGUACAAGGCUGCCCUGAUCCCGCGAAGGAUCAGAGAGACCAUGCACGGGUGGGGGAAGGACGCGAGGAAGAGAAGGAGGAAGCACCGCGGCGACGACUCCACCAUCCGCACGGAGACGAGCACCGUGUGCUCCCUCGACGACGAGGAUGACGACGAGCUGUUCGUCGAGAGCACGCCGUCGAGGCCGUACCUCAAGAUCCAGCUUCAGACGCGCGGCGGCGGCGGGAGCACGAGGCCGGGCACGCCGUGCCAUCACCUACCCGUCGUCGGGAUGCCGCCGACCGGCCUGCGGACGCAGGGCAGCUCGCAGCACGCGCUGCUCCAGCGGCAGCCCUCGUCGCUGUCGGCGCCGUCGUCGCCGUCGAGCCGCGGCGGCGGCAUGACGAGGUCGGCGUCGAUGCCCGGGUUCGCGUCGAUGCCGCGGACGGCGGGUGGCUCCGGCGCCGGCACGCCGACACGCCUGAGCGACGCGCGUAACUGAAAGCACACGUGCAUAGCUGAAUUAUUAUUGUGAGAUAAUGUAAUUUAACUGUAGGAAGGGAGAGAGAAAAAAUUCAGUUUGGGGGCUCUUCUCGAAUAGGAGGAAUUUUGGAGAAUUUUCAGAGGAUUUCGACUGUCCUACGAAAAUCCUGUAAAAUUCGUUUCAAUGGAGUCCUGGGAGUAUAUCGGACUUUGUACAUGGAUCAACCAUUGCUGAAGCGUCAUCGCUGGAGACGUUUGUUCCAGCUUUCGACGGCGAUUAGGUGGAGUAUAUUGCUAGAUCUUGAGUG